GCCGCCCGUUUCGAACACCCGUGGCUCGUGACUCUUUUCGCUUCCUUUUUGACCACCGCUUGUUCCUGCCACCGUUGCAUGACAGUGAACUCCCUGCAGACCCGCGAGGUGUCGGACCUCUGCAUCGGUAAGCCGGCGACCAGGCCGCUCUCGCUCUCCGCCACCGUAGGCGACGCCCUCCUCGCCCUCAGGAGCGGCGGCAGCGACGACCGCCUCGUUAUCUGCACCGCCGACGGUCCCGCUCCCGAGAGGAAGGCCUGCGCCGGGAACGUGUGCUUGGUCGACGUCCUCUGCUACCUGUGCGCCGAGCAGAACCUCGACGCUCCCAUGGCCGCCCUCGGCGCGCCCGCCUCCGCCCUCCUUCCUCCAUUGACCGCCGCCUCCCUCGUCCGCCGCGUCGAGCCCAGCUGCAGCAUUCUGGAAGCACUCGACGCGAUUCUUGACGGGGCGCAGAGCCUGGUGGUGCCCAUCCGCGCCGCCGCAUCGCCGAGGAAGUUCACCUCCGGCUCCGCCGCCGAAUUAUGCUGGCUGACGCGGGAGGAUUUCGUCCGUUUCUUCCUCAACUCCAUCGCUCUCUUCUCGCCGGUCCCCGCCCUCUCCGUCACCGACCUCCGCCUCAUCGGCGAAAUCUCCCCGUUUACCCUGGCCCACUGCGACGAGCGCGUCGCCCCCGCCCUAGCUGCGCUCUCCGCCGGCGACCUGAUGACCUUUGUAGAUUGCGUCGGCGCCCCGCGGAAGUCCGCCAUGAGGUCCAUCAGGGCCCAAUUAAGGGCGAAGGGGCUGCUGGGCAUGCUCGAGCUUCUCGACGCCGACGUCUCCCCGCCAUUCUCGCCGUCGACGUCCUCGUCCGAGUCCGACGAUGAAUCCUCGCCAUCCUCCCCGCCCUUGUCGAACGGGAGGGGAAGGCCGAGGGUGACGAGGUCGGCGUGGCGGUCGGGGAGCUACUCAGCGAGGAUGGGGAGGCGGUCGGAGGAGGCGAUCGUGUGCCACCCUUGGAGCUCGCUGGUGGCCGUGAUGAUACAGGCAUUGGCGCAUCGAGUAAGCUACGUGUGGGUGGUCGAUGACGACGACUACUAUCUCGACGGGAUCGUCACGUUCUCCGACAUCCUUGAGGUCUUCCGGGAACAGCUAGAGCAGACAGGGACUUGCAUUUGAUGGCCAGAGAGUAACGCAUCUCUUGUGGAAUUAACGUAUGUGAAAAAGGCUGUCCUUAACCUUU